AUGCGUUUCUCAUCGCCUAGUCCUCGAGCAUACAACAGUUCUCCUCUACACCUUCCACGAUACAGCUUUUCUCCUCUGGUCGUGAAGAUGAAGUAUACCAUCACUCUGGUGGCUCUCUUGUCACAGGCCUCGUCGAUCGUUGCAAGACAAGAUCAUGAGUCUACUCUCAGCAGCAAGUAUGACUUCAUCAUUGUGGGUGGUGGAACUACUGGUCUCAUCCUUGCAGACCGGCUGAGUGAGUCUGGCGAUGAGAAGGUACUGGUACUGGAAGCUGGGCCUGAUCCAAAUGUUGUUGCCAUGCACCAAGCUCCUGGAGCCGUUGAGUAUAUCGCUGGUACGGCCAUUGACUGGAACUUCUAUACGGAGCCUCAAGAAGGCCUCGAUGGUCGUAAGCUUGCAUACCAUCGUGGGCGUGGUCUUGGUGGCAGCAGUAUCCUGAAUGGUCUCUACUACGGGCGAGGCUCAGCUAAUGUCUAUGAUCACUGGGUUGAGCUUGGAAACCCAGGCUGGAGCUGGGAAGAAGUAUACCCUUCAUUCAUCAAGAGUACUCACUUCAAUGCUCCCAAUAAUGGCACGGGUUACAAUCAAAAGUACCAGACCUGGGACCCAUCUGCAUACUCCGAUGGUCCGCUGGGGAUAGGGUACCAAGGAUUUGUCCCGCCCUCGAGCAUUGCUUUCAUCGAUGCUUGUGCGGCUAUUGACGUCCCAAUAGUCCAAGAUCUCAACAACGGGAAGAAUGUUGGCGUUAAACAAGGAACUGCCACUCUGACCUCAAAGUACCGCCGUAGUUCAGCUUACGACUAUUACAAGGCUACCGUCAAACGGCCCAAUGUCGACAUUCUCCACAACGCCCCAGUCCAGCAGAUCAUGUUUUCAACGAAUGCUACUGGAUUCCCUAUUGCGACUGGUGUCAACUUCAUUGACCACUCUCAGGGUCGUCACCGCACUGUUGCCGCUUCGAAAGAGGUUAUCGUCACUCUGGGGACUUUCCAGUCACCCCAAAUGCUGAUGGUCUCGGGUAUCGGUCCGGAAGCCACGCUCGAUACUUUCAAUAUCGAGCCAGUUUUCAUCAAUGAAAACGUGGGACAGCACAUGAUGGACCAUAACCUUUACAGUAUCUCAGCCACAGUAGUUCCCGAAGCUUCAACUCAUCAGCUCAUGUUCAACUCAACUGCCGUCGAAGCCUCGCAAGAGGAAUACUACGCUACUGGCAAGGGAGUCUACACCGCCCCUGGCGGUAUUACCAAUGGCUUCCAAGAGCUAUCAAACGAACAGCUUCAAAAGAUUGGCGCUGAAGCUGUCAUCGACGCUGGACUUACCAACAGAUCUACAGUAGAAUUUCUGUUUGAGUCAUUCUUCUAUCCCAAUAGUCCAGGUCCCACCUACGAACCAUCAUCGGAGGAGUCAUAUAUAUCUAUCUCAGUAUCAAGUAUGGUCGCUCUAUCCAGAGGUAACAUCACGAUCCAGUCGAGCGGCAUGUCCGAUGCCCCCAUCAUCAACCCCAACUACUACACUCACCCUGCUGAUCGUGCCAUCGCCAUCAACGCGUUUCGCGACGCACGGAAGAUCCUUGCCCAUUCUGCUUUGGCAAACCUGACUGUUGGGCCUGACCAUGGAGAGGUUGCUCCUGGUGUUUCCAACAUUGCCUCUGAUGACGACGAGGCCAUCUUUGAGUACAUCAAGGCUACCACUGUUCCCAAUUGGCACGCUUCUGGAACUAAUCGUAUGCUCCCACUUGAGGACGGCGGCGUUGUCGACUCUCGACUUCGCGUCUACGGAGUCCAGGGCUUGAGAGUUAUUGACAGCAGCAUCAUGCCUACAGUACCAGACGUUAACAUCGCUGGCCCGGUGUACAUGUUGGGUGAGCAUGGAGCGGCUAUGAUUAAGGAGGAUUGGGAUAUCUGA